AUGCCGUCAAGUGCAGUACAUGAGUCCAGAGAUGAAGAAGGAAAUGAAAAGAAAAUUCAAUUGAAAGUAUCGGAGGUGUUUGAGAUGAAUCAAGGUCAACGCAUAAUAGUGCCAUUUGAUUCACAAAUGCAAGCGUAUGGAAAAGCGGCGACACUUCUUUCGGGAGUAUGUGGGCGUAUUGUCAAUGAUUGCAACAAUGUUCCUAUUAACUAUGAAAAAUGGUCAUCGAAUCUAUUUCAGUUUCAAGCUCCAGAAGCAAUUGCAAAGCGUUAUUGUCUACUUACCAUGGGAAGAAGGUUCAAGAAUCGCAAGUUAAAAUUAUGGUAUAAAAAUUAUGACCCACUAGAUUCUAGAGAAAAACUAAUUUCUAAUGUCCCCACUGGUGUUCCGAAAGAUCAAUGGUCGUCAUUUGUGGACUAUCAUUUGAAACCAAGUUAUAAGGAGUUAUGCCGGAAGAAUGCUUUGGUUAGGAAAAAACAAACAAUUCCACACACCGGGGGAUCCAAACUGUUGUCUCGGAGAAGACAUGAGAUGGAGGAAGAGAUCGGACAUGCUGUAGGUCGAGGUGAACUUUAUAUUGCAACGCAUAAGAGAAAAGAUGGGUCAUAUGUUAAUGAAGAGGCAAGGACUACAGUGGAGAAAAUUCAUGAAGAAUUAAGUCAGAGCACUAAUUUUACUGAAAUUUCAAGAAAUGAUGCGGUUGCGAAAGUGUUGGGACCAGAGCACUCUGGUCGUGUUCGUGGUUUAGGCCUAGGUGGUCUUCCUAGUAUUGCAUUUGGACCCACCAUAGGACGAUUUAAUCAUUUAGGCUCUAUUUUCUUAAGUAUGAAUCAAGCUGAAAAUUCUCAAUUGAGAAGUGAAGUUACUACUUUGAAGACCAAGCUAGUAGCUUCUGAGCAGAAUGUCAAGACAUUGCAAACAAUAAUGCUUGCGUACAUACAAAUGAAGGAAGGACAAAUUCCUCCGGAGUUGGAUGCUUUGUUGGGUAUUGCUUCCAUUCCAAUGGAUGAAGGGAGUGAAGAAGGUAUCCCAACACCACACGGAAGCUCUUCAUUAGAUAGUAAUCUCUCUUAA